GCUGGUCGACAGCAUCUCUUGCGUUUUCAAACAUUAUGGAAAACCAUCUGGAAUUGAAAUAUUUUCACCCCUCUGGGUCGCGUGGCAUGGCUUGACUCCGGUGGGCUACACCCCAUUCUGGUAGUAUUUAAAGAGGGGCUCUCUGCUCUCCACUCCACUACAAUCCUGCACUCUGACAGCGAUCACACACACCAGAGAACCAAAACAAACCCUUGGAGUGUGCGCUUCUGUAGGGAACUCUUGGAGGAAAUGGCUGGAACAGUAUUCACCAGAUCAUGCAUCGUUCUCUGCUUGCUUAUACAUACGGCGCUGAGUCAGGACUGCUCUCAGCCCUGCGACUGCCCGGCUGAGAGCCCUUUGUGUCCUGUAGGCACCAGUCUAGUGCUGGACGGCUGCAGCUGCUGUAAAGUGUGUGCCCGACAGGCAGGAGAGCCCUGCUCUUUCCUGGAGCCAUGUGACCAUCAUAAGGACCUGUAUUGUGACUAUGGUGUGCUGAGUGACACUGAGACAGGCAUCUGCAUGGCUCAAGAGGGUCAGACGUGUGACCUGGGCGGUGUGAUUUACCGCAGUGGUGAGACGUUUCAGCCCAGCUGCAAACAUCACUGUGUCUGCAUGAAUGGGGAGAUUGGCUGCGUGCCGACCUGUGCCAGCAACAUACGGCUGCCCUCUCCUGACUGUCCCUACCCAAGACGCGUCCAGAUCCCUGGCAAAUGCUGUGAGGAGUGGGUGUGCGACCAGAUCCCACAGGAAGACACCUUCCAGUCAGCAAUGGCUGGUAGGUCAAUCGCAUAUAGAGAACUAUCCGGUCAGGAUGUCCAGCCUGAGAGCGCAAGGGACAAUUGCAUCGUCCAGACCACUGACUGGAGCGAAUGCUCUGCAACCUGUGGCAUGGGGGUGUCCUCUCGUGUAACCAACGACAAUGAGCAAUGCCAGCUGGAGCGGCAGACUCGCAUGUGCAUGAUCCGUCCCUGCAAUGCAGAGCUGGAAAAGGACAUCAAGAGAGGGAAGAAGUGUGUGCGGACCCCAAAGAGCCAGCGCGGGAUGCGUUUCGAACUGUCCGGAUGCCAGAGCGUCAGGCUGUAUAAGCCGAAGUUCUGCGGGGUGUGUACAGACGGCCGCUGCUGCACGCCUCACGCCACCGUCACGGCCGAGGUGGAGUUCCGCUGUCCCGAGGGAGACUCCUUCAGGAAGAAGAUGAUGUUCAUUAAGACCUGCUCCUGUCAUCACGAUUGCCCCCGUGAGAACGAUAUCUUCCUCGCCUCAAACUCACGGAGAAUGAUCGGGGACUAUGAUAAUGAUAUGUGAGGAGCUGUCUGGUGUAACACACACACACACACCCUGAUGAUCAAGCACAUGUGCACAUGAGGCAGCUCCGUGUUUUACUGAACCCUGAAAUUCUCACGUCUCGUGAGCAGAAAAAAAAAACAAAAAAAAAAAACGAGAAUGUUUGACAUGAAGUGGGCAUCGAUAAUGGCCCCGCAAACUUUUCUUCUCUUGUUUUGUAUUUUGUGAAGCUCUGAAGUCAUCUGGCUGUUUGACUGGUCCUGCUACAGCAGACCUAAAGCACUGAGAACUUUGUGUUAGAAAGAUAGUUCACUCAAAAAUGACAUUUCUGUCAUCAUUUCAGAACACGAAAAGAGUUUUUGAAGAAUCUUGAUGCAGCUCUUUUCCAUACAAUGAAAAUUCAUAGUCACCAGUGUUUCACUAUUUUCCAAAUUCUGAAGCCAUGAUGUAAUUUGGCAUAAGGAACAGACUGACAUUUAAAUCGAUAACAAUUUGGUCACUAUACAAUGUCAUUGUGCAGAAAAAGCUGCAUGAAGUUUCUUAAAAAAAAAAAAAAAUUCUCCUUUUGUUCCAUGGGUUUGGAAUAGUGUGGGGUUAAACAAUUACAUAUUUUAAUGAUUUUUUUUAAAUGUAUUAGUUUAGUUAUUUUUGGGUAAACUAUACCUUUAAGACAUUGUGGACAUUCAUAUAAUGAGUUAAUUUCUAGAACGUUUUCCUCAAUACAGGAAUAGACUGAAAUGACAAUAAUGUAAUCAUACACUUGAUAUGUAUUUUUUUGUUUUGUUUGUUUAAUUUGUCAAUUGGGUUAUCAUUAUUUACGAUAAUUUUUUACCUUACAACAAGGAAUAAUAUUUAACAAGUGACCUUAAUAACUUUUAAUAUUUGUAUCUAAUUGAACCCAAUCUGUCAAGUAUGAAAAUCACUAAUGAGUCCCAAAGUAUUUUGGGAAGAAAACACUCCACCAAAUGAGGCUCAGAUAAUGAGAUACUGCCUAUGUUGUUUACUGUUUAUUUAAUAGGAAAUGAAUCCUUGGAAAGGAACCGAACAAUGACGAAUACACCUUGUGUAAAUACUGUAAGAAGACCGUGUACAGAUUGUACUAAUUUAUGUAACUGUCGUUUAACUCUUAAAUGUAGUUUUGUAUGUGUACUGUAUUCAUUGUAAUCACCUGGCAAUGAUACCAGCGAGAUCUUUUCUGAUGCACUUUUA